AUGGAGUCUGCCGAUGAUGGCGGGUUCAAUGUCCUGAUAAGCGGAAUUGGUCCGAAUGAUCUGCUCGAGCUUGUGCAGAAAGCCGAAGCUGACCACCCAUCGACUCUGCUCAAUGGAUCGACCUUCCAGUUAGAUAUGACUUCGACGACCAAGACAACCAUUUCAGCAGUGAAUCCAAGCUGUCAAGAAUCAUUUUCACAGGCGGUGAAUAUUGACCGCAUCGGCAGUCACUGGGUUGGCACCACUCAUCUCGGGACUGACUGUGUCCUCGACGGAAGCAAAUCAGUCGUCGACUUCGAAGCGCCAGAGAAGCUGCAUGUUGUUUACGUGGUAAAACUCCAUGGCUUUUUCACUGCGGGUCCGGAGACCGGUACCGUUAUCGCUGCCGAGAAGGUUGCAGAAGACCUGAUCAAACGAAAUGCAUAG